CUUUCAUUUGUUUUGUUGUUGAAAAAGGAUUUGGCGCUUUGUAAUUAAACAGUGCACCAAACUUUUCGUCCGUUUACGUUGUAAUCUAGUUCUCUUUUGUUGCUUGUCUUGCAGUUUGCUUAAUCGUGUAGCCAGUGUUUUUUAAAUUUAAUAGUUUAUUCCUCUUACAAUAUUGCUUUUUUUUGUAUAUAAAAAAGAAAAAAACAGAGUUUUAAUUUAUUAUAAAGUAUCUAAAUAAUAAUUUAUCACUCUUGUUAGAUAGUGAUUGCUUAUUACCAGAUAUAAAAAAGAACACAAUUUUGAUUGGAAAAAUGGAUUUGAUUGAAGUGGAUUAUUCGAGCGCUUUAGAAGAUUUGACAUUUAAUAGUAAGCCUAUAAUCCAUACUUUGACCUAUGUUGCCCAAGAAAAUGAACCUUUUGCGUUGAGUGUCGUGAAUGCCCUCGAAAAACAUAUACAAAAAUGCCCCCCGUCAUGCAAAUUGCCUGCCCUGUAUCUUUUGGAUUCUAUCUCAAAAAACAUAGGAUACCCUUACACAUUAUUUUUUGGUCGUCAUCUUUUUACCACGUUUAUGAAUGCCUACACCGUUGUUGAGCCUUCUUUAAGACUGAAGUUGGAUCAAUUAUUAGCUACCUGGAAACAGCGUUCCCCUAAUUCAAGUUCUCCCGAUCCUGUAUUCCCUCCAUCUGUAACAGGAAAAAUUGAAAAUGCCCUUUUAAAGUAUAAAUCUUCCUUCCUACGUCACCAAAGUCCGCUUUUGUCUGUCCCACCUAAUCCUGCGUACGCUGGCCCUAACAUGCGGAGCUCUUAUGGACCUUCAUAUCCAGUCUCUUCUUCAGGCUCUCCAGCCCUUGAUCUACCUAGUUCAGGAGUCCCAGCUCCCGUUAGCAAGGUCUUAACUCUCGAAAAUCUACUUGCUGACGUUGCUCGUAUGAUUAUCACUGAGCAGGCCAGAUGUAUGCGGAACCCUCUUGAUGGUCUAGCAAAGAAGCGGGUUGAAAUACUUUCUCAAUUGCAACAGGUUUUGUCUACCUCCAAUCUCCCUUAUGACCAACUGUUGGUUAUCAAAAAGCAACUUACAAGUUUGGAAACUCCUAAGCCUCCUCCUCAACCCCUUGCUCCAUCAUUUCCAAAUUCACAGCCUCCUACUACUUUUCCUGUCACUCAAACGCCCGAUAUGUUCUCUCAUGCAUCCCAUAAUAUCGCGCCCGCCAGUUAUGCUUCUACACCUAUCAUUCCGCCUCAACCAGCAUACCCAUAUCGUCCUCAAGUUUCAAAUUCUUCCGUUUCUCCUCCUCCAUUGGCUUCUUCCAUGUUCGGCGGUGCUAGUAAUCCUGCGAAUAAUUUAACCAGAGAAGAGUCUGAGAGUAUCAACUCUUUGUUUGCCAAUUUACAAGCGGCAGGACUAGUAUCACCAAAAGGUUCUCCUCCUCCUACCCUCAGUACUUCAUCCAAUUUUGUAUCUCCUAUUUCCGAAAUUGACUUGUCAAAAGCCUCUUUAUCAACUCCACAUCCCGAAUUAGCAACUCUUUUAUAUAAUUCAUAUCCCAAUCAAUGUGCCAAUUGCGGUCGCAGAUAUGCUAAUGAUCCUGAAAGCAGAAAAGAAUUGGACCAGCAUUUUGAUUGGCAUUUUAGAAUUAACAAACGAAUUCGUGAAAGUAGCUUGCACGGCAUCAACAGGUGCUGGUUUAUUACUGAGGAAGAAUGGAUUCAUAAUGAUGAAAAGGAGGAUUUAGUAACAGAAACUGCUGCCGAACUGGAAGAACAAAAACAAAAGCAACUGGAGUCUAUACGUUCACAGUAUGUAUUGACUCCUCUUGACCCGAUAGCUGCCUCUCAGCCUUGUCCAGUUUGCCAGGAAAAAUUCCGUAGUGUCUGGCAUGAAGAAGCGGAGAUGUGGGUAUUUAUGAACGCUGUGGAAAAGGAUGGUCGAAUUUGUCAUGCCACGUGCUUGCAAGAGUUAGAACAAUCAAAGGACGCGAAGGUCUCAUCUAGCUCAGGAGCUGCUCCUCAAUUACAGCCGUCAUUCGAGAGUCAAGCAAAGCAGAAAACAAGUGUAAACCCUCCACAAGCAGAUGUUCAAAGUCUCUUACAAGGAAUAGAUGUCCAAGGAAUCCUCCAAGCUAUCGGAAAGCGAAAGGAAAGAGAUGAAUCGGUUGACACAACACCUCCGAAAGCGGUAAAGCAGGAAAUGGAAUAAUCUAUAAGAUGGCUUUUUUACUUUCUAAUUUUUUUGUGAUAAUUUUUUAAUAAAUCUAAAUACUUGUUUGUUGGUCUA